AUGAUGAUAAACUGUCUUUCAGGGAUUAUGUUUUUGUGCGUGACUCUCCUGAUUCUCUACAGCGUUAUGGAAUCUCAAUCAGAGCGAUUACAGGUGGUUGGUCCAGAAGCUCCUCUUGUUGCUGUAGCUGGUGAAGAUCUGGUUCUACCCUGUUUUAUCAAACCCAGCACCAGCGCUGUGGACAUGACAGUGGAGUGGUUCAAACUAGAUGUAGGGUUCUCUUUAGUGCAUUUUUAUAAUGAUCAUGACGACAGAAAUGAAAAUCAGGCUCAGCCCUACAGAAGAAGAACAUCACUGUUUAAAGAGGAGCUACAGAAAGGCAACGCUUCACUCAAACUCUCAGCUCUCCAAGUCUCUGAUGAAGGAGAAUAUAAGUGUCUCAUUGAGGACAAAUCCUGGUCUGAUGACAUCACUGUUCAAGUCACUGUUGAGGUGCAGGGAAGCCACCCAGUGAUCACGAUGGAGCGUUAUGAUAACUCAGGAGGGAUUAAUCUAGUGUGUGAGUCCAGAGGUUGGAACCCUGAACCUGAGGUUCUGUGGCUGGACAGAGAAGGAGCCGCUCUGUCUGCUGAAGAUACACAGACACACAGAGACACGGAGGGCUUCAGUGUGAAAUGCCACAUCACUGUUUAUGAUUAUAGUGACUCCAACAGAUUUUACUGCCGAUUUCAACAAAUUCAUCACAUGAUGGAGGCAGAGAUUAUCAUUAACAAGUUAGCAGAGAUGGAGAAGUUUGCAGAGCCACAGAGACAGAGGGUGAAAGAAGAGUUAGCGGAGAUAAAGAAUUAUGCAGUGGAUGUGACUCUGGAUCCUGAUUCAGCUCAUCCCAAACUCAGAGUAUCUGAUGAUGGAAAACAAGUGACAUGUGGAGACACACCACAAGAUCUCCCUGAUACACCGCAGAGGUUUGCUAAUGUUCUGGGAAAGCAGAGUUUCUCAAGGAUAUUUUAUUAUGAGGUGCAGGUUAGAGGGAAAACUCAGUGGACAUUAGGAGUCAUGAGACAGAACAUUAACAGGAAGGAGGACAUUACUCUGACUCCUAAGACUGGAUUCUGGACUGUGGAAAUGAGAAAUGAGAAUGAGUAUAAGGCUCAUGCUGGUCCUGAUGUCCGUCUCACCCUGAUAGAGAAACCGGUGAAGGUGGGGGUGUAUGUGGAUUAUGAGGAGGGUCAGGUCUCCUUUUAUGAUGUGGAGGCCAGCUCUCAUAUCUACUCUUUCACUGCUCAGUCUUUCAAUGAGGAACUCUAUCCAUUCCUCAGUCCUGGUUUAAAUGAAGGAGGUAAAAAUUCAGCACCACUGAUCAUCACUGCUGUUAAUGAAUAA